AUGAGCCAAGAAGAUCCGACCUGCUGUGGCUCCGGCUGUACCAACUGUGUGCUGGACGUGAAACCAUCCAAACACACGCUCCCACCCGAUGUGGUCAACGUGUUCGAUCGAACGUACAAACAAUUCCGGUGCGAGUGCGUUACCCCGGCAGCGGACAAUGUGUUCCGGUUUCGCUUUUGCUACGUUCCGGCCAUCGGUGACGAGCGCGAGCAGCUGAUCGUACCUCCCGGAUGUCAUCUAAUGCUGCGAGCGCUUCGAUCCGCCCUCCACCAGCCCGACCGGAAACCGGACAGGAGUGCGGAAGAUAACCCCUUGCUACGUUGGUGGGAAGCGAAUCCCGUCCAGCCCGGAGGAGAGGAGCAUGCAAAACAAAAAACGCUUGAAAAGCACGACAAAAGUGAAGACGACCUGUACCUCAGCCGGCCCUACACACCGAUUGCGUUCGACCAGGAGCACGGCACAUUCGAUGUGCUGAUAAAGCUGGAACCGGGCGGUCAAAUGACGAACCACCUCGUAACGCUGUCGGCCGGAUCGCGCACCGAGUGGAAGGGUGUGUAUGGAGAUUUCCUGUGGACGCGCAAUCGGUACCGCCAUGUGGUCGCUUUCGUGCAGGGCGUUGCCAUAGCGCCGGUGUACAGCACACUGCGAUCGAUUCUCGACGACGAAGGGGACGAGACCCGGCUGACGCUUUGCGCAUGCUUUCGCAACCUUGCCGGUGUGCUGCUCCGGGACGAACUGCGCUCACUGGCCGGCUACUGGAACUUCGCGUACGCCAUCUACCUGUCCCGGCGUACCUGCGCGUGUGCUGCGGCCGGGGUGGAGCGAUGCAAUUGUCUCGCCGCCCGCCUGCGCUACAACGAACCCAUCCACGACCGGCGGCUAGCAGCGGCGGAAAUCGAACGAUUGCUCCAGCGACCCCUAGCCGAUGGCAAACCUUCGCUGCUGGUGCUACUCUGCGGUACCGAAUCGUUCACUAGCUUUAUUAAGUCUACCGUGGAGAAGUUGGAAAUAGAAAAUUGCUACACGUUUUAGCACCGAGGUCUAGGCCUUGCGCGAGGACGA